AUGGAAAUGCACAGCUCGGGACUUCUUGAAGUUCCACGUGGUCAGGAAUAUAAGGACAGAGGAAGACACUCAAGGCGGAGUAAAUCAUUUAACGAGGCUGCAGAACCGAACUUUGUGCUCAGCCAUAGACCAUUCGGCCAACAGAGUUAUGGCAGUACACCUUUGUCUCCAAGAACUUCGAUGGAUUUACAAAAUGGGAAUGUUUUAGAUACGAUGGAAAAAGAACAGGAAGGUAUAGUUCUGAAGCUGAUGAGAGAAAUUGAUUUGCUAAAAGAAGAGAAUAGACAUUUAAAGCUACAACUAUCAAAACAGGCCGCGGCAAAUUCAUCAAACUUACUUAUUGUCCCUGCAGCGUCAUCAUUAUCUUCUCAGGUGCCAUACAGAAUACAUUCUUUAAGUAGCUCAACAUCUUCAGUUUCUUCACAGUCGUCUGCUCGUGCCAAUAAUGGUGCCAGGGGCUCAUCAAAAUGCGAUACAUUAACAAAUAGAAAGCGACUGCCAAGCACUUCAGGUCAGUCCCCAAUUUCCUCCAAUGUUCCACGAUACCCCAGUGGCCUAGAGAUUUCAUCUUCUAACAGAGCUGAGGAGUUCAAAAAGUGCAGACUUACGGAGAAGGAGUUUCAGACUAAUAUAAAGGUUCAGAAUGAGAUGUUCGUUAAUCCAUUUAAAAAGGAUAUGGCCAGACAAACACAUUACUCCAAUACAUCUCCCAGUACUAUUGCAAGGAGAUGA